ACUGCGUAGGUAACCGCCGGACUUUGAAAUGCAGCGGGAUUUAGUGAGUUUCCCUCUGUGUCCAGGCGUGCGGGUGAAGCUUGUUUCUGCAGGUUUCCAAACUGCUGAGGAACUUCUAGAAGUGAAGCCCUCUGAGCUCAGCAAAGAAGUUGGGAUAUCUAAAGAGGAAGCUUUAGAAACUCUGCAAAUUAUAAGAAGAGAAUGUCUCACAAAUAAACCAAGAUAUGCUAGUACAUCUGAGUCAGGCAAGAAGUGCACAGCUCUGGAACUUCUCGAGCAGGAGCAUACUCAGGGCUUCAUAAUUACCUUCUGUUCAGCACUAGAUAAUAUUCUUGGAGGUGGAGUGCCCUUAAUGAAAACAACAGAAAUUUGUGGUGUACCGGGUGUUGGAAAAACACAAUUAUGUUUGCAGUUGGCAGUAGAUGUGCAGAUACCAGAAUGUUUUGGAGGAGUGGCAGGUGAAGCAGUAUUUAUCGAUACAGAGGGAAGUUUUAUGGUUGAUAGAGUGGUAGACCUUGCCACUGUCUGCAUUCAGCACCUUCAGCGUAUAGCAGAAACACACAUAGGAGAGGAACAUCAGAAAGCUUUGGAGGAUUUCACUCUUGAAAAUAUUCUUUCCCAUAUUUAUUACUUUCGUUGUCAUGAUUACACAGAGCUACUGGCACAAGUUUAUCUCCUUCCAGAUUUCCUUUCAAAUCACUCAAAGGUACGAAUAAUAAUAGUAGAUGGCAUUGCUUUUCUUUUUCGUCAUGACCUUGAUGAUCUGUCCCUUCGAACUCGAUUACUAAAUGGCCUAGCCCAGCAAAUGAUUAGCCUUGCAAAUAAGCACAAAUUAGCUGUAAUUUUGACUAAUCAAAUGACAACAAAGAUUGAUAAAAAUAAGGCCUUGCUAGUUCCUGCAUUAGGGGAAAGCUGGGGACAUGCUGCUACGAUACGGCUAAUUUUUCAUUGGGACCAAAAGCAAAGGUCAGUAUAAAAACAAGUCAGUAAUUACGAAUAUUAGGUUAAUUACACAGAACAUUUACCGGUUUCUUUGAACUGGUUCCCAGGAUGAGAUUUACAGUGACUCAAGAACUAAUACUUUAGUUGCCUUGUCUGUCAUCACUUGAAACAAACAUAGAAACAGGGUGUUAUAAUGCACA